AUGGCAACUGCGGCGACUGAGAAGACGCCGGCGCUGCACAAUGAGAAGCGCUUUGUCUUCCAAGGCAGCCUAAACCGCCUGCUUGCCGAUGUCAAACGCGUUCCUCCCAGCGCAACGCCCUGCCAAAAAUGCGUGCAGAGAAAGCGUGUCUGUAUAUGUGAGACCGUUACUUCGGCCGUUGGACGUGCACCGGCGUACGAAAUAGCUGAGUUGGCGGAAACUCGGACUAUGCUCUCGGAGCUCCGCGACUCGCUCAAUGGCGUCGACAUUGAAAAGUGGUCCGUGCACACGCGGCUGCUUGACCAAACGUCGCUGGUUGCCAAGCAAGUAUCGGAGAUCACGACCGUAGUGAAUGGACGCCGCGAGCCGGGUGUAGAAUUGGUUACCAAUGCCUGGCUGAAGCUGUAUGAUAUCCUCCAAACCUACAAGGUGUUGGAUGCCGUAAAACCUGAUCUGGACACUGAGGGCGGUGUCGUACGAUCAUUCCACAUCUCGGAAUGUCCUGGUGGGUUCAUCGCAGCGUUGAACCAUGCGAUCAAGCAGCGCAACAGCCUGGCCGAGCUGGCCUGGCAGGCGGUUUCGCUAAAUCCGUACCACGAGGGCAACAGCCACGGCAAAUGCCUCGCGGAAGAUAUACUAUUCCGCGAAACAGCUCGAAACUGGCUCAACGGCGCAGAUGACUCUGGUAACGUUACCCGAACACUGAACAUCGAAUACAUCUGGGACCAUAUAAGCCGACCCAGCAGAUUUAACAAGGGUCGCAGUCCCGUGUUAGUAGACAUAGUGACGGCUGACGGGUCGUUCGACUGCCAAGCUGAUCCGAACAACCAAGAGGCGCUCACAGCACCGUUGAAGCUGGCAGAGGUGGUCUGUGCAUUAGGUUUAAUGCGCGUGGGCGCGAUCUUCGUGCUGAAGAUGUUCACCCUGUUUGAAGAGAGUUCGCUGUCUAUAAUGACGCUGCUAAACAUGUGUUUCAAAACCGUCGAAGUGUACAAACCGCACAUGUCGAAAGCAAACAGCUCCGAGGUAUACGUGGUAUGUAUGCACUUUAACGGAAUCACUUCAGUGCUACUGUGCGCCCUCUGCAAAAUCGUUAGCGAAUACGCAACAAAUGCGCACCGACGCGCAAUAUUGCCACGAGAAUGGGUCCCCAGCUCAUUCCGAACUGAGUUCGUAGAGUGUGCCACCAUGUUCGCGCAAUUGCAGUGCCGCAGCCUGCGGAGCGCAAUGGCGCAAUUCCUUCAAGUGGCGGAUGAGAAUGCAUUCUAUAAACGCAAGCGCGAGUUUGCGCGACUCUUUCUCGGGCAGUUCAAGAUAUCGGCUAUACCUUCGGACUGCCGUCUCGUCAAGUACAUUUCCUUCAGCGACAACACCAUCACGGGCAAGGACACCAGUUCCCUCGUUCACGUACCCAAGCGCAGUCUGCCUGACCUUGACACCAGGCGGGCUUACGUCAAGUGUUACAAAGAUCUCCAAGCCCGUCGAAUGGAACUGCACCGCCAGUAUGCGCAGAAGGAAGACCCAUCGCAUUACAUUACUCUCAGCGAAGAAGCUACGUCCGCGGAAUUCGGGCGUGAUAUUGCUGAUGCAUUAAGGUUUGCCAACGAAUUUAGGCCAGCCUAUCCACAGCUCAAAGACGGACCGCUUACGCUAGACCUGGACGAGCGGCUGCUAUCCGAGCUUCGGACAGAUCUGCUUAAUCAGCGAUACCUGAAGGAUUCGUGGUUUGUCGCGGCCCCGUUACAGCCACACGAAGUGCGUAUGAGCCAUUUUGUUUGCAACGAUCUGCUCUACGACGUUUCCCGAACGCGUACACUGUGCGGGGCUCGGGCACCCAUAGUGACAGCUAUGGAUGCUUUAUGCGUAGAUGGAGCCGUGGGUGAGGCGUUGUCGGAUAUACACAUGCUCCCAAAUUGUGGCACGGUUGACCUUGCAGUGAUCGCCCAGCGAUUCCUCGACAUCAACCGAUAUAAGGCGUACCUCGAAAUAACGUGCAAUGCCGGUCAGCAAUUUCCGGCAGUAUCGCUUCUGAAACGUCAUGGCAUAUCCGGAUCUAUUAUAUACGGUUUCAAGGCGAAUGGAGGUGCAUCUUCCCACAUACAAUUCGAUUCGUCAUAUGAGCUUCAAGUUAUUGUCGAUUCCUUCCUCGGUGAAGGUACCGUUAGCCAGUGCAUUGACUUCAAAUACGACGAAUGCUUGACGCGUGGAGAAGGCCACCGGUGUCUUACUGCACCACUGCAAGACUCUCCUAUUCGUCGCGGUUGCGACUUUGUAUUCUGUGACACAACGAGCUCGCCACUGUAUCAUCGAGAGGUCUGCAUGGACGAGUUUAAAGCCAAGCCCGCGAUUGUCGCUCAACUGGUGCAGGCUCUUUAUUGCCUAUCACCAGAUGGGGAUCUUGUGGUGUCGAUACGGACGAUGCUCACUAGAUUUAGUGUUUGCCUGGUCACGGUGCUUCGGACUGUGUUCGACGAGGUUCACAUUUACCGCCCGGACUCGGUGGCGCCGUGGACGCAGCGCUGCUACGUUAUCUGCAAAAGAUACAAUGAUCGCGAAAAGACCCACUGUCGAUAUUACCUGCAGUGUCUUUGGGAUGCUAUUUGUCUGCACAAGAAGGCCGGAAAAGAGGUGGUGCAGACGCUGCGACCUCACCAUUUUACCUUUUUUGCACGCCAGCUCUGGGAAUUCAACACACGACUCUUCUUAUCCGAAUUUGAUGACAUAGAGGCUCACGCUAAAGGUGAACCCUUAAAAACAGACCGCAAGACCGUUGCCGUGCAGUUGCUGCAAAAUCUCGGAGUUGUGGAUGUCCUUUACCCACCCAGGUUGCUACAGGCACAAGGCCCAUGCCGUUUGCCACUCUUUCAAAACGUUGAACCCCCGCGUACUUCGGAAAAACGCCAGAGACAUGAUGAGACUGAGGCGCUAGCUGCAACGCCAUCGGAAUCGCCGACCGAAGAGGAAGAAGUAGGCUCACCGAUAUGGUCAAGUGACGAGAAGUAA